AAUUGUAUGGAGGACAAUAAUCGUUUACCUUCUCUAUCCAUAAGGACCAAAUUACAGAUAAUCACACAAGGUGCAUAAAAUGAUCAAUCGCCAUUGCAAUGAAUCUCUAUCCAUAAGGACUAAACAAUAAUGACCCGACCUCCGGAUGAAUAUGAUGAGGGUGGGGAGCUUAUAUAUGAUCCAACCAAGGGAGAGAAAUGUCAUCAAUGCAGUGUAUAAUCAUGGUCACUAAAUGGACAAGAAUUGAUCGACGAAUUAUCCCCACAACAUGUUAUUACUGGUUGAAUGGGAGAUGCAAUCGAAACCCUUGUAGGUUUCUUCACAGCAAACCUCCUAUAGUCACCAAGACCGUCAAUUGUAAUGGAGGAAGGAAGCGAUGUUCUGAGUCUGAGUCUGAAGAAAAUUCACUUACUAAGCGUGCAGCCACGGUUUGGAUUAGGAAUACUGGAGAUUGUAUUUCUAAGACACCACUUGUUGAGCCUUCUCAGACUUCAUCGCCUACCAUAUCGACACAAGUUGUCGGAGAAGUUUCUCAGACUUCAUCACAUACUUCAUCGACAGAAGUUGUCGAAACUGCUGAGAGUUCGUCACCUAUUUUAUCGACAGCAGUUGUCGAAGUUUCUCAGAGUUCAUCUGUCGAAGUUUCUCAGAGUUCGUCAGCUACUUUAUCGACAGAAUUAUGCAAAUAUUGGAUCAACGGAAACUGUGUGCACGGUGAUAAAUGUCGGGAUAUGCAUUCUUGGUUUUCUGGUGAUCGGUUAUCAGCAGUAACAAAUCUUGAAGGACACAAGAAACUUGUCACAGGAAUUACACUUCCAGUUGGGACCAACAAACUUUUCUCUGGAAGUACUGAUGGCACAGUUCGGAUAUGGGACUGUCAUACUGCUGAGUGUGCUAAUGUGACCAAUCUUGGUGAUGAAGUCAACUCUUUAAUCAGCCAGGGCCCUUGGAUUUUUGUUGGUCUAUCAAAUAUUGUCAAGGCAUGGAAUAUUCAGAAUGGUUCAGGGUAUACUCUUGAAGUGCCUAAUGGGCGAGUCCUUGCCAUGACUGUUGGCAAAGAUACACUUUUAGCUGGUGCAGAGGAUGGUGUAAUUUCUGCAUGGAAGGGAAGCUCUGAAGCCAAUUCCCCUUUUAAACUGGUUGCAUCACUACUUGGCCACUCUAAAUCUGUUGUUUGCCUUACUGUCGGAUGCCCCAACAAGAGGCUUUUCUCGGGAUCCAUGGACCACAGUAUUAAGGUUUGGGAUCUUGACACAUUUGAGUGUAAAAUGACACUCAAUGGGCAUACUGACACAGUGACAUCCCUUAUUUGUUGGGGCAACUUCUUACUAUCAAGUUCAUUGGACCGCACUAUUAAGGUCUGGGCUGAAAGUCAAGAGAAAACUUUGCAAGUGGCAUAUUCGCACAAUGUGGAAAACGGCAUUGUUGCACUUAAUGCGAUGACUGAUGCAGAAGAUAAGACUAUACUGUUUUGCUCUUGCCAAGACAAUUCAGUUCGUCUGUAUGAACUACCAUCUUUUUCAGAGAGGGGUAGAUUAUUUGCUAGACAAGAAGUCAGAUCAAUCGAGAAAGGUCCUGGUGGACUGAUCUUCACUGGAGAUGGAACUGGUUUGGUGACCGUCUCAAAAUGGUCGGAAGAAGCCAAGGUAGAAGCAGCAUAGCAUCCUCUUGAGUCAUGAGCACCAACUCCUCUGUUGAUGUGAUAUGAGUGAUUCUUUUAGGCAGGCAGGAGUAUAUGAUCAUUUAUACAACACUAGAGUUAAGAGAGAAUCAUAAACAUUUGUAUAGUUAGUGACACAAGUCAAUUUAUUAUUCCAUGGUCAUUGAUUAAUUGAUUGUAAAAAGAUGUAUAUAUAUUGAAUACAACAUUCCAAUUC